ACAGAAAUGAAUUCAGCAUAACUUCAUUUGGGAAUGCCUGCCUGAAGUAUAGGAACAUCACCAUCUUUCUCUAUGAAAGCAGAAUUUAAACCAUUCGUGCACAUACAGAGCUCACUUCCUUAUGUGAUACUGAAUUCCCUGUGUCCAACAGAUGUGAAAUCCCACACCUGAUCCUCCUUCAAAUAUGGCACUUCUGGAGUUAUCUCCAUUUUUCCAGCAUCAGUGUUGUCUUCUGAAUGUCAGGAGCUUCCCUAAGGUGACACCUCGGAGAUCUGAUAAAUUUACUUUAAAAAAGCUUUUUCUGAAUUAGCUGCUGAAAUGAGAAGUUUUUCUACGUCUGGAGUUACGUGAAAUGUCAUGGUGCUUUAGCACUACCUGACUGCAGCUAUACACGUUCGAAAUCUGACAUAUUAUCAAUGUCAUCACACGUGACAGAAAAUUCAAACCCAUUUUAGAAGAGAGAUGAAUCGUCCACAAAUCCACCUUACUGGAACAGCCACAAGAGGUUACCAGCAGAGUCAUAACGAACCCUACAGCAACGCCUGCUGCGUUUCUACGCUGCAGCUCCCAGCGGUGCGAACGCCCUGCCAUCAUUCUGACACCACACACACCAAGCGGGGCUUUCUCAUCUUCUGCUUGCUGUUUCUGCAGAGGAAAUGUCAUACCACGAUCUGGCAGCACCCGCUGCGGAAGUUUUCAGCUUUCUGUAUGCGCUGACACACGCUGCUGGAAAUUUGCACUCGGUUUUGGCUUCCUCCCGUUGUUCCCCCGUGACUUUCAGAGACCGAAGCGCAAGCGGACACCACUCAACCUCUCCCACAGCAGCCCGUAUCAGGCAACGCUGCGAAGAAAAGGUUAACAAAAAGUUCAAACGCGAAGGUUUCGUUCCACACAAAAGCGCUGAUUGAAAUUGCAAACAUUCACAGUUUUUCUUUGUGAGCAGUCAGUACCAGCAUGGAGGCGUAGGCACCUCAAACGGGACUUAAGUCUGGACUCUGGGAGGUAGUUCUGUGCACAAAUAAAGAAACUAAGGCUGUUUUCUCCUUUUACCCAAGGGUUCUGUUUGCUUUAUGAACAUGGCAUACAGAAAAACCUUAAUUUAUCACUAUGAGGUGUUGUUAUGUCCCGUUGCAAAGCAGUUUAUUUAUGUUAAAGGUGAUAACUGCAUACUUGUAACUAAGGCACCAGGUUAAAACUGAAACGCUGUGCUGUUCAUUCUGUGCUGUUAUAGAUAGAAGAGCCUGGGGCUGUUCCAGGCUUGUUAGUUAAGAUAACUCGUCCUUGUCACAGGCAGCGUAUAGGAUUUAUUACAUCUCAUAGCUGAGCUUAAUAUAAGUGAAGUGGAGUGUAAACUGACUUCUGAAAUCUUAGCAGUUCUUACAACAAUAUUCAUGUGUCAAGGCUAUUUUUGGCAGUUCAGCAGUUGGAAAUAGACUAGAUCAAUUCAGUUACAUCAGUUCAGGGUCUCUUUUGAGAUUCCUAAUGAGAUUUGUAAACUGAAAUUUUGUUUGUAUUGUUGCUCAGCUGUGUAGGGUGAAAUAGUUUUUAAAUCACUUGGCAGUAUUUUAAACUGGGAAAUGCAACGUGUCCUCCACCCACCAUUUUAGUUUCUUUAUUAACAGAAGGAUUUUGAUAAACCCGUUUGAGGCUUUCCCCUUAGGGCCCUAACCCCACCUGCCUGACUGAUCAGUACUGCUCUCCCAGAUGCACAGCAAAGGGAAAGCACAUGAUGUUACUAUGUAGCGUGAGGGAAAGUCCUCUGACAUACCUGGAUUUGUCAGUGGGAUGGAUCAGCUUUUGCACAAAAAGCAGUUGUGCAGACUCAAGUACAAAUGUUUUAAGUCUGAUAGUCACGUGUCUGAUUCUGUUCAUACAGUGCAUUCAAAGUUGCACGUAAAUAUUUCAUUUCCAGGUUCUUAAUUUAUAUAGGCAAGGGUUAUUCAGAAUUGCCUUUAGUGCACACAACUACCUCCCAGAGGAAGACUUGUCCCAUUUUUUCCAAGAACAGUUCAUUAUGAACAUAAUGGAUAGUAGCCCUUUGUUGGCAAGCGUGAUGAAGCAAAAUGCUCAGUCUGGAGAACUGAAGUACGACUUGUCUUGUGAGCUCUACAGAAUGUCAACGUUUUCUGCUUUUCCUGUUAAUGUGCCAGUGUCAGAACGAAGGCUUGCCCGGGCUGGGUUUUAUUACACUGGUGUCCAAGAUAAAGUUAAAUGCUUCAGUUGUGGCUUAGUGCUGGACAACUGGCAGCCAGGAGAUAAUGCUAUGGAGAAGCAUAAACAGGGGUAUCCUAGCUGCAGUUUUGUUCAAAACAUGCUAUCAUUUAACAACCUUGGACUGUCCACUCAUUCUGCCUUUUCUCCUCUGGUCACAAGCAAUCUCUCACCAUCUCUACGUUCCAUGACGCUUUCUCCAAGCUUUGAACAAGUUGGCUAUUUCAGUGGCUCUUUUUCCAGUUUUCCUCAAGACCCGAUAACUACUAGGGCUGCCGAAGACCUCUCGCACUUAAGAUCUAAGCUUCACAACCCUUCCAUGAGUACAGAAGAAGCUAGGCUGCGCACUUUCCAUACGUGGCCCCUGAUGUUUCUCUCGCCCACCGAUCUGGCAAAAGCUGGUCUUUAUUACCUGGGGACAGCAGACAAAGUUGCUUGUUUCACCUGUGGUGGUCAGUUGAGUAACUGGGAGCCAAAAGAUAAUGCCAUGUCAGAGCAUCAGAGGCACUUUCCUAACUGCCCCUUUGUGGAAAACCUCAUGCGAGACCAACCAAGUUUCAAUGUUUCCAAUGUGACCAUGCAAACCCACGAAGCCCGUGUUAAAACAUUCAUUAAUUGGCCAACUCGGAUUCCAGUUCAGCCUGAACAGCUUGCGGAUGCUGGUUUUUACUAUGUAGGCCGCAACGAUGAUGUCAAGUGUUUUUGCUGUGAUGGUGGGUUAAGGUGCUGGGAAUCUGGAGAUGAUCCAUGGAUUGAGCAUGCAAAGUGGUUUCCAAGGUGUGAGUAUCUGCUCCGUGUGAAAGGAGGAGAGUUUGUAAGUCAAGUUCAGGCCAGGUUUCCUCAUCUUCUUGAACAGCUCCUGUCAACUUCUGACACACCCGUAGAUGAAAACAUGGAUCCAAUUAUUCAUUUUGAACCUGGAGAGAGUCCUUCAGAAGAUGCAAUCAUGAUGAAUACUCCUGUAGUUAAAGCUGCCUUGGAGAUGGGAUUCAGUAGGCGUCUGGUAAAGCAAACAGUGCAAAGUAAAAUCCUGGCCACUGAAGAAAACUACAAGACUGUUAAUGAUCUUGUGUCUGAUCUGCUCACUGCUGAAGAUGAGAAGAGGGAGGAAGAAAAAGAGAGACAGUUUGAAGAAGUGGCAUCAGACGAUUUGUCCCUAAUCCGGAAGAAUCGGAUGGCUUUAUUCCAGCACUUGACCUCUGUGCUUCCAAUCCUUGGCAGUUUACUUUCAGCUAAAGUGAUAACAGAACUUGAGCACGAUGUCAUUAAACAAAAGACUCAGACACCAUUGCAAGCAAGGGAACUGAUCGAUAUGGUUCUAGUGAAAGGCAAUGCAGCAGCCAGCAUAUUCAGAAACUGCCUAAAAGAUUGUGACCCCAUACUUUACAAAGACUUAUUUGUGGAGAAGAGCAUAAAGUACGUUCCUACAGAAGAUGUAUCAGGUUUACCUAUGGAAGAACAACUGAGGAGAUUGCAAGAGGAAAGAACAUGUAAAGUUUGCAUGGACAAAGAAGUUUCUAUUGUUUUUAUUCCGUGUGGGCACUUAGUGGUAUGCAAAGAAUGUGCACCAUCCCUUAGAAAAUGCCCUAUUUGCAGGGGGACAAUAAAGGGUACAGUUCGUACAUUUCUUUCGUAAGGAGGGGAACUUGCAGAAUAUCUCUGCCCAACAGAUGACAGAAACAUUCAUGCUUAAACCAGCAAUGUCUCCAGAA